UGUUUGAUGAAAUGCUACAACAGCUUUGUGUGGAAAAGUAUAAAAUAUUUAAUCUACGCCUUGCAGAAAUCCUUGAGAUUGGAGAAGUGAGUAUAAAGAGAAUUGCUCUCCAGAGGAUAGAAGAUAUCCCAUGGUAUUUUCUACAGAAUUUAAUUGCUCUGAAUGGCACGGCGAGGAACACCAGACUUGCCAAGCAAACCAUUGACAUGAGACUGAGCAGCGUUCAAGAUGAGGAUGCUGAUUUUAUAGGUGAAACAGACAACACCAACUCAAUUCAUCCUUUAGAUGUCCUUUGUGUUCUUCUUCAUUGUUCUGAUGUUUUUUUGCAACAGGAGAUAUUAUCUAAAAUGGCCAUGUGCCAAUUUGCUCUACCUCUCCUCCUUCCAUCGAUCGAUGGUUUAGAGUCAACAUUCAUGUUGUGGGCAAUGUGGAACAUUGUCAAGAGGUGGAGACCCCAAUCAUUAGCGGAAAGUAAAGGCUGCAGAGAAGAGAACCUGGUGCUCAUUACCAUGCCAACCUUUUCCUUUUUGAGAAUGGGGAAAUGCAAUCUAUCCAAGUCAAGAGUCCUAAAUAAGAUUCUUAGCCCAGUUCAACAAAAUCAUGAUUUCUUUGUGCAUCAAAAUAUGGAAGGUGGGAAUGUUUCAAGGAAAAUCUCUGAUGGAUUGGUGGAAAUUUCCUGGUAUUUUCCAGGAGGAAGAGAAAAUUCUGAUAUUUUCCCAGAACCCGUCGCAUUUACUAAUUUAAGGGGAGACCUAAAGUCUAACUGGAGCCAGUUCUCUUUUUUAGCACGAGUUUCUUCAGCUGUGUUUAUCAUUACAGAAUCCAUUAAUGAGCAAGAUUAUGAACUUUUAACAAACAUAAAUAGUGUAAAUACACACUACUUCUUUAUCAUUGUGCCUUCCUCGCAAAGUGUCAGCGUAGAGACUCAAAAAUACAUAAAAAUGCUAUACCCAGUUCUGAAAAUAAGCAGAAAGAACGUCUUGGUGAUGAACAGUUCAGUGAACGAGGCAGAAUUAGUAAAGCAAUUACAAAUGGUCAUCACUGAGCUCAUGGCAAAUGCUCCACAUGCUAUGAAUCUUGAGGACAUGUCACAAGUUGUCACAUCCAUUGGAAUACAUGUCGAUGAGAACUCAGAGGAGCUUCAGAAAGCAAAAAGACUUGCCCAGGAAAUUGUCAUUAAUAUAGAUGAUGUGGUGGAAUAUAAAAGGAAGACAAUGAGACUGCAGGGGGAUCUCUGGAAAGAAUUAGCUCAACUAGAGAAGGAAAUUUGUAGAAUGAAACGACAAGGAAGUGAAAACUCAGAAGAUUACAGAGCAAAGCUUGUGAGAAAAUGCUCUGAAAUUCGUAUGCUUCAAAGGGGACAUGAUUUGCCUGAUGGCAUGCUCAAAUUCAUAACAGCCAUCACCUCUUUACCUCAGGUGGAGAAACAUUUCUUCUUGAAAUGGCUAAAAUUUUAUCUGGACUCAAUUGGAAGACAUUAUCUUUAUGCGCUGCAGACGGAAUACAAAGAGAGCUGCCACGCAUUCUCCGGUAAUCUUGACCAGUUAAAACGAUUAGAUCAGAGAAUAUCAAACAGCUCCUUGGGAGUGGAGCACUUUCUACGAGAGCUAGGGCAGUUUUACGAAGCCGGAAAUUCUAUUGCAAAUGAUGGUAUCAAAGGGGAAACAUUUAAAAAAUUUAGCAGACUCCCAGGGAUUGCUGCAGACCUCCUCCUAGAUGGGUUCCCAUUGGAGUUGAUAGAUGGUGAUGCCUCCAAUAUUCCCUUGCAUUGGGUAACAGACAUUCUAGAUGAGUUGAAUAACAAGACAGGAAAAAAAUGCAGAAUGAGUGUAAUCACUGUAUUGGGAGUGCAGAGUACAGGGAAAUCCACCCUUCUCAACACCAUGUUUGGGUUGCAGUUUCCUGUGGCCAGUGGACGAUGCACACGAGGAGCUUUCAUGACACUGAUUAAGGUGAAAAAAAACAUCCAGAAUGAUGUCGGCUGUGAAUUUAUUUUGGUGAUCGAUACUGAAGGACUGAAGGCUCCAGAACUGGCUUCUUUGGAGAAUACUUUUGAACAUGACAAUGAGUUGGCAACUCUAGUAGUUGGGUUGAGUGACAUCACCAUAAUUAACAUGGCCAUGGAAAAUACAACAGAAAUGAAAGAUAUUUUACAGAUUGUAGUUCAUGCAUUCCUUAGAAUGAAAGAAAUAGGAAAGAAGCCAAACUGCCAGUUUGUGCAUCAAAACGUGAGUGAUGUGACUGCUCAUGAAAAGAACAUGAGGGACAGAAAGAGAAUUGUGGAACAGUUGGAUGAGAUGACCAAAGCAGCAGCAAGAAUGGAAGAGAAUAACAAUGUCCAAAAGUUCUCUGACAUCAUGGACUACAAUGUUAAUGAACACAGUUGGUAUAUUCCCGGUUUGUGGCAUGGAGUCCCACCAAUGGCUUCGGUAAACACAGGAUACAGUGAAAAUAUUUUUGAAUUAAAGAAACACCUAAUUGAAAUCAUGAAGAAACAAAACAAACAUAGAAAGCCUCAGACCAUUUCUGAGUUUCUGAAAUGGAUGAAAAGCUUGUGGAACGCUGUGAAAUAUGAGAAAUUCAUAUUCAGCUUCCGAAACAGCCUUGUGGCAGAAGCUUAUAACCUGCUUUCAGUAAAAUACUCAGAGCUGGAGUGGAACUUCCGAAAAAAGAUGCAUAACUGGUUGACUGAGGCAGAAAACCUAGUUAGGAAUCAGACAGCCGAAAUAUUAUUAGACCCAGAAAUGUGUAUAGAUUUGAAAUACACCAUGUGCUGUGUCUUACAUGAACAAGAGAUGAUCAUGACAGAGUCACUAGAGAAGUAUUUUGAGAAUGAAGAAAACCAUGCCCAUCUAGUAGAGAGGUACAGAGAAGAUUUCUUCAGAAGCAUUAAGAUUCUUAGGAAUGAACUUCAGGUUUAUUUAAGUAAUAAAUGUGAAGAAGUGAUUCGCGUUCAAAAAGGGAAACAUGAGAUCAAACUAGUCCAGGAGAAAUAUUUACAGACCAUCGAAGAGAAGGCCAUCAGCCUCUUGGAAAUGUGCAGAAGUGUAAAACACAAACUCACUGACCAAGAGCUAGAGUCAGAAUUUGAUGUGAUGUGGAAUAACACAUUAUUGGGGCUGCACAUGGGUACCUUAAACAAAAGGAACAUCAGUCAAGAAAUGUUGGACCAAAUUAGAAAGGACAUGAGACACAAAGCCGGGUAUGUAACUGAGAAGCUCAAUGACGUAAAGAGUUUAGCAGAGUAUGGACAUAAUUGCUUUAUCAUGGACAAGAAGUAUUUUCAAAGCAGAUGGUAUGAUAAUGUACCUGAAAGCUAUCAUUACGAGUACUGGAAUAAAGUAAAUGUUCUUGCUGUCUCCUUGGUGGACACAUGCAGUAGCCAUGCUUCUCAACUAGCUGGCACACUGGAAGAUUAUGACCAGACAUAUUGCCAAGAAUUGCUAAAUGUCAUAAACAACCGACUUAAUCAGAAAGAUGUGAAAGGUCUCCACCUUUCACCUCUGUUUGAGACCGACUUGAAACUCAUUGUCUUAAGCAGGGCAGCACCACUCUUCCAGAAGACUCACAAUCGCUUUAUUCAAGAAAACAACCCAAAGUUCUUCCUUGAAAGGCUGAGGCCUCAAUAUUUCUCUACCUUUAAAAACAUAUACCAAGAGAAGGAUGAAUCUCAAAUCCGAGCUCUGAAAUUCUGUGAGAUUUGCCUUAAACCAGCCUUAACUGAAUACGUUUUCAGGAAUCUAGGAGGCAAAAUAGUUGAAGACAUCUUAACUGGUAGUGACUCCAUGAGAUACAGCAGCAGGACCUUCUUUCAGUUCACCUUACUAAAGGAGCUUCUGGAAGAUAAAACAUUCUCUCAGUAUGUAAAAUACACUAAUCACUAUGAGAUUUUUGUAAAAAAAUGGAUAUUUAAGUAUAUAAUAGAGAAAUAUAAGAAACCUGAAAGCUUAAUUUCCUUAAGAGCACGCAUCAUUUCAGGCAUCACAAGGAAGAUCCGAGAUGUCCUUAGAGAUCCAAAGGUCUUUUACACCACGGAUGUGUCAAGCUGCUUAAAAAUGUUCUGUGAGAUGUUAAAAAAAGACCUGGUGAUUUCACAGAAUGAACUGAAAGUGGUCAUCUUUAAAAGCACGGCAUCCGCCGCACAGUUUUCAGCAGAUAUCGAGGCUUUUCUAGAUGAUAUAGAAAGGCAAACUGCAACAGAAUUUAAAUACUUCUCCAUAGAAGCUGUACUCUCCAAGGCAACACUCAAACCUCAGGAUGAAUUGUUUAAGAAGGUCUUUGGAUGUGGAAAGUUGUGCCCAUUUUGCAAAGUCCCCUGUGAAGCCGGAGCUACUGACCACAAGGAACACUUUGCCUCUGUCCAUCGCCCUCAGGGCCUAGGAUCAUAUCGAUAUAUAAAAACGAAAGUUCUCUCUCAUUCCAUAUGCACCACGGAUGUGGUGGGAAACAGCACAUUCCAAAGUUCUGAUACUGACUGGAAGCCACAUCCUUACAAAGAAUACCGCAAAAUUUAUCCAGAUUGGGUCAUUCAACCGGAUCCUACUAUCGGUGCUUCCGAUUAUUGGAAAUUUGUCUUUAAAGAGUUUAAUAAGGAGUUUGCAGAACAUUAUAUUGCCAGAUUGGCUGAUAUUUCAGAAGACUGGUAUUCAAUCACCAAACAGCAGGCUCUUGAAAGUUUAAAAAUAUCAUUCAAUAUGCAAUAAGAAAAGAAAGACAACAGUUAUAAGGGGCC